GUUCUAGUAUACAUAUUGAGGGAGCCCUAGUGUACACACACACACACACACACACACACACACACACACACGGUGGAGGGGAGAAAAGCCCCAGUACACACAUCCAUAGAGGGACAGAGAGAUUAUGGGGUGUCACUAGUCACAUAGCUAGCUGAUGACAGGGCUCCAGUGUAGCCAACUAGUCUGGCAGCAGAGGACUGACUGUCUCCGCUCCUCCCCUCCCCUCCCCUGUCCUUGGGGCUGGGACAGCAAAGGGAGAGCAGCAUGAAGACCAAGGUAUGGAGACCAGCUAUUCAGGAGUGUAGGAACAGCUCAAGGUGUGCCUGAGAGUUCAGUAGUCUUGGGACCUUACACCCUGUUGAAUGCACUGGAAGUCAGGAGCAGAGGUACCGCUCAGGUCUCCCCGCAAAGCCAGAAGUCCCUCUCAUAUACUCUGUUCUCAUGCUCUCCCCUCCCUCCUAAUGCUGUAGGGGUGUCAUCUCACUCCUAAGAUAACAGGGCCACCUCAGCCCUCCUCCUGUGGCUAUUCUGGGCUCCUCUGAUCCUCCUCUUCUCCUGGUCCCUACUUCUCCCUUCAGUGGGAGUAGGUGGGUGGGGAAAAGCCAGCCCACUUACAUAAGCCUGUGGCUGCGACCCCAGGGACACCAGCCUGGACAGCAGGUGCACAGCCCCUCCCUCACCAGCAGCAAAGAAAACUUUUAGCUGGACCCCGGCAUGGAGACAGCCACCACACUGGAGAUAGCUUCAUGCUCCCAGCGGCAGGUAGAAGAAGCUGCUGAUCCAGCGGAUGCUGAAGGACCCCAGACUACACGUCAACAGGAGGCAGGCAGCCCCUCUCUGCAGCUCCUGCCCUCUAUUGAAGAGCACCCCAAGAUCUGGCUACCUCGGGCCCUGAGGCAGACUUACAUCCGGAAGGUUGGGGAGACAGUGAAUCUACUAAUCCCAUUCCAGGGUAAGCCCAAACCUCAAACCAUCUGGACUCACAAUGGCUCUGCCCUGGACAACAGUCGUGUCAGCGUGCGGAACGGGGAGCACGACUCCAUUCUUUUCAUCAGAGAGGCCCAACGCACUGACUCAGGAUGCUACCAACUCUGUGUGCAGCUUGGUGGGCUGCAGGCCACUGCCACCAUCAACAUCCUGGUGAUUGAGAAGCCAGGUCCUCCUCAGAGUAUUAAGUUGGUGGAUGUUUGGGGCGCCAAUGCUACUCUGGAAUGGACACCUCCACAAGAUACGGGCAAUACAGCUCUCCUGGGAUACACGGUGCAGAAGGCUGACAAAAAAUCUGGGCUCUGGUUCACAGUCCUGGAGCGUUAUCACAGAACCAGCUGCAUCGUUUCUGACCUCAUUGUUGGCAACUCCUAUGCCUUCCGUGUCUUUGCCGAGAACCAGUGUGGGCUCAGUGACACGGCCCCUGUCACGGCUGAUCUUGCACACAUCCAGAAAGCAGCCACUGUCUACAAGGCCAAGGGGUUUGCCCAGCGGGACCUCUCGGAAGCCCCCAAGUUCACCCAGCCUCUGGCAGACUGCACUACCGUCACUGGCUAUGACACUCAGCUCUUCUGCUGUGUGCGUGCCUCUCCCAAGCCCAAGAUCAUCUGGCUAAAGAACAAGAUGGACCUGCAAGGCAACCCCAAGUACAGGGCCCUCAGUCAGCUGGGGAUCUGCUCCCUGGAGAUCCGCAAGCCUAGCCCCUUCGAUGGAGGCAUCUACACCUGCAAGGCCAUCAACGCUCUGGGGGAGGCAUCCGUGGACUGUCGGGUGGACGUUAAAGCUCCUCACUAAAGCUGUCUUAAGAAGACAGGAUAUCCGAGGAAGGGUUUCACAGUGCCUUAGUUGCACCGAAACUAACUCUGUAGGUCAGGCUGGCCUUGAACUCGGAGAUCCACCUGCCUCUGCUUUCUGAGUGCCAGGAUGAAAGGCCUGAGCUGCCACCACCAGCCACCUUUUGUUUUCUUUUAUUCUAACACUAUCAGCUCUGCAGAGAAAACUGGUAUAAAGUCUACUUUUGUCAUAUCCUGUGUGCAUCUAUGCAGGUCAGUGAUAGGAUUGAAACUCAAUAAUCCUCAGAGAAUGCGAGCUUCCCAGGGGGCUAUGUGGGAGGAGGGUCUCCCCCACCACAGGCCCACACUGUGGGUAGAGACAGGUCAGCUAAUCUCUCUACCUCCGUAUCACAGCAGGGUGAGAAACAAAACAGCUUGUUCAUAUUAAUUUUUUUUUUGCUUGCUCAUAUGCUUUUGAGUUUUAUGUGUCUCUUCCUGUUCGACAGAAGAAAAUCUUUUUUUUUUUUUUUUUGUUAAAUGUCAACAAUAAUUUAACAUUUGGGUAUGUGGUUCCCAAGCGGCUCAUCACUGGCAGAGGGCCACUUGGAUCGUUACCUAGGAUGCGGUAGUGGCUUCAAAUUCCCUGUCACUCACAGGAGAGAUGCUGCAUGCAAACCCUUGUGUAGGGUGAAAGAAAGGCCCCAGAGAGAAUGACAGAGACCUGGCUCCCAACAUUCCCUCUGACUUUCAGCUCCAGGCUGAAGAAAACUGAGCAUGAAUUUGAUCCCCGAAGCCAUUUAUUUAAACCCAUCAAUGAUAGCAAUGAAAACCCUGAAGGCUACAUUAAAUGCACUAACUUCUCAGGAGAGCGCUUGCUGCCAGCUGGCUCAUGGACACGUCUCUCCUUCCCCGCCUUCUGUCAAUACCACGUUAGGUCGGUGUUGAUUUUUACUUCUCCGUGGUUCCCUUCUGUCUCCCAGCAGUGAGUGUACAGCACUGGACUAUGAAGAGGGAUGGUCUUGGGACAACCCAGACAGAAUCUGUUUAUCUGUUUGUUGGCUAUAAUACACCCUCUCUUUUCAGAGUCUCUUGGGAGCCUGACUGACAAGACUGUGUUCUCAAGGAGCAUUAGCUGGCUUGACCUAGACUUAAUAAAUGUAUAGAUCCUCAA